AUGACAAAAAGAACGAAGAAGGUUGGUGUUACAGGAAAAUAUGGGCCUCGAUAUGGGUCAUCACUGCGAAAGGAUAUUAAGAAAAUGGAAAUUCAGCAACACUCUAAAUAUGUUUGUACUUUUUGUGGAAAAAAGAGUGUAAAAAGGAAAUGUGUUGGUAUAUGGAGGUGUUUAAGAUGUUCCAAGGUGGUUGCUGGAGGGGCGUGGACAGUUUCAACUACUGCUGCUGCUAGUGUUAGAUCAACUAUUCGAAGAUUGCGUGAGAUGGCUGAAAUCUAG